UCAAAGAGGAGAAUUGAGUAAACGACGACUGUUUGAAAUUCGAAUCCUUUCUCUUCCGACUUGUGAUAUCACUUCACCUCCUCCUACAAUGGAGUUCCCGCCAAGAUCGUUUUAUCCACGGAGGUUUCAGGCCUCUCCGGCGCAACACACGACGGUGGAGAGUGCUGCAGCAGUAUCGGCGCCAGAUCUCCGGGAUAAGCUCGCGACGCUGGUCGAUCGCAACAAGAAAGUGAAAAUGGCGUACAAUCAACUCCAAUCGCAGAUCGCGUUCGGCCUUGUCGAAGCAGGAGAAGUUUUCGAGUCUUUGGCAAUCCCUUUGAUGAAGCUGGUUGGGCUGAAGACGUCGGAGAUGGAGAAUGAAGGGAGAACCUCCACCUUUAUUUUCAAUACUGGAAGAUAUCAUAUGGAUACUGCCCAAAAUGGAACCCGGUCUGGUGAUCUGAACAAUCAAAUUCGCAGUUCAAAGGAAGAAAACUAUGCUGCUAAAGUCGAAUCAGCGGGGAAAGAGAUCCUGCACAAACAUAAGGGGCAACUGAGACAGUUAAUCCAUAUGCUGAGGCAAAUUGAAACACAAGUGAAUUCACAUCGGGAAGAGAUUCUGCAGAUGGUUGACGAUCGCAGAACCUACUUCCAAGAUUUCAUCCAGAAAUCUCUUUAUUACCUAAGCUCGGUUCACAGCAAAAACCAUGACACUUUCCCUGUCACAGUGAAGCUCCUUCGUGUCCUAUUUAAUAACAUCAAUGAGGUGCUUGGUUCAGUAGAUACUGGUGUCAAUGAUCUUAUGCAGGCUUUAGCAAAGAAUAUGUGUCACCCGAUGACCAAGUACGUAGGCAACUUGGCAGCUGAAAUAAAGCUUGGCCCUUGUGUGGAACUGAUGGAUGUAGUGAAUGAGAUGGAGAGAGCAAACGCAGCUACAAUGAGAGAGCUGCAAGAUGCUAGAGAAAGGAUUAGACUUGCAGAAGAGACGAAGAUCGACGCUUUACUGAAGCUGAAAAAAGCUGAAGAUCAUGUUCAGAGAAUGACAACAUCUGCCAAAUAUCUUCUACCCUCGAGUCAGAAGAAGAAACAAGCUGAACAUUCUAUUACCGGCAAGCGUAUUAGCACAGAGGGAGGCCGACAACACGAAGAGAAACUACUGUGGGAAGUACUGAGCAAAAGGAGAAAGCAACAAGAACCAGAUAGUCCAAUGGGACCUAAAGAGCUUAUCAGACAAGCAGACACAAAGCAGAAGCCAUUGGUGACAAUUCGACGAAGUGCAAGGUUAAAUUCUCAAAAAGCCCGUCCUGAUUCUUUGAUCCCACUUGGUUUGUCACCUUCUGCUAGAACAGUAACCUGGAGGUAA